AUGGCAGGGUUGCAGAAGGCCUUCGACGGGGGAGAUGCCAACGGUAAUUCGGAGCCGGGGUUCAAUGGGUUGUCUCACUCGACUUCUACUGUAGUGCCGCCACUAACUGCAGCAGCGCCCCUUGUCGCACAGGACGUUCUAGAGGAAGACACUGGAAGUAUCCUUGUGGUAAACCAACAGCAGGAAUUAUUCCAUGGAACAAAAACGCGGGGGGAAAGGUUUGGCUAUCCUUUUUAUGCUUUUGCACUGUCGGCUUUGCUCCUCUCCAUUUUCCUUGCACGACGGCUGUACCUGGCUGCUGGAAGAGAAAAGCCUGUUCAUCCAUACCCGGUGCCAACAGACAAUGAAGGCUUGCGAAUGGCCUUGGAGGCAGUGGAAGAAAGCUCGAAGAUGCUACAAAACAAAUUGAAGGGGGCCUCUAAAGAGGUGCGCGCUGCUUUCACCACGCAGUUUUGUCCAGUGGUUGGCACACGCCCUCUCACUUGGGAGCAGUUUAGACACUGGUGUAAUGCGUAUGCUAAUACUGUAAAAUCACAGCCUAUUCCUAAAGAGACAGCUAGCAAAGCGGAAAGGCAGGAGUUUGUUUUAGGAUGCAUCCUGGUCACCACCGUCUUCCGCGUUGCCGCAAAGCGCCUAGACCUUCUGAGUAAACUUGAGGACUUGUCACUGAAGCAUCAAAUUCCUCCAGCCCUUUACGCGAGUCCAGAACGUGCACUUUCUCUUCCAAUUUGGGAAGACAAGGGGGCCGCUGUAUCGUUCCAGACAUUCACUGAACGGCUAGAAACGCUUGGAGUCGUGGAAGCGGCAAAACAAGGCGAUUCAGCUACGACAGUUUCCUUAUUGCUAGCUAACGAUUUGGCCAAUGUAACAUCUGUAAAAAAGCUCUACGACGUAUCCAACUUGGACGUGGUCAACGAAUUCCAGGCGUUUCUUGAAUCUGUAAAAGCGGCGGAGAUAGGGAGUAGUGACGAGGAAAGGAGCCGCAUAGAAUCUAUCAACAUGCCUGGAUUGGCACUGCCGGUUCCGGUUAGAGUCUUGGCUGAAGCAGUGAAAUGCGCGAAGCUGAGUAGGGAAUCGGAGCACUUGCCGAUAUCUGGAAUUUUGAGUUUGAGAACGCGGUGGAAUGAGGCAACAGUAUCAAGUGUGUCUAUGGAUGUUAGGGCUAUGCUCGAGGGGAUGGUUUACCAUGGACUUGAUAUAAGGCGUUUUGGUCUGGAGAAAUGGGGCUACAUGCAUGACUACGAUGCGCGAACACAACAUAUAUUCUCAUAUGCAAUAUUCCUCUUGUAA